UCAUUGCGCGGACAUCAUGUGGCCAACAACAGCCUGACAGAUUCACCGCUCACAGGGGACCCUAUAUAAGCUCCGCAGCUGUCAGGUGGAGGACACUGGCUGCUUUGCGCUGGGGGACGACUCGCUUUAGGGAUUACAGCUCCAGAUACUCAUAGAUCCAAAGUGUAACAAUGUCUCAUUCUUGGGGAUACGCAGCAGACAACGGACCCGACAAAUGGGCUGAUAAAUUCUCUAUUGCCAAUGGACCCCGCCAGUCUCCCAUUGACAUCGUACCUGGCGAAGCAUCAUACGACGCGGAGCUGAAGCCGCUCAACCUGAAGUACGACCCCUCCAACUGCCUUGAUAUUCUCAACAACGGACAUUCCUUCCAAGUGACCUUCGUAGAUGACACCGACAGCUCAACUCUGAGAGACGGACCGAUCUCAGGGAUCUACAGGCUCAAGCAGUUUCAUUUCCACUGGGGAGCUUCUGAUGACAAGGGCUCUGAACACACUGUGGCCGGGACCAAGUUUCCUGCUGAGCUCCAUCUGGUGCAUUGGAACACCAAAUACGCAAGUUUUGCUGAGGCUGCUAACCAGCCUGAUGGGCUCGCUGUUGUUGGAGUAUUCCUGCAGAUUGGUGAUGAAAAUGCCAGUCUCCAGAAGGUUCUUGACGCCUUUGAUGUCAUCAGGGCCAAAGGAAAGCAGACCUCUUUUGCUGACUUUGACCCUGCUACCUUGCUCCCUGGUUGCCUAGACUACUGGACAUAUGAAGGCUCUCUGACCACACCCCCUCUGCUGGAGAGUGUUACCUGGAUUGUCUGCAAAGAGCCAAUCAGUGUCAGCUCUGUCCAGAUGGCCAAAUUCCGCAGCCUGCUCUUCUCUGCUGAGGGUGAGGCCGAAUGCUGCAUGGUGGACAACUACCGCCCUCCCCAGCCACUCAAGGGUCGCUCUGUCCGUGCUUCCUUCCAGUAAUAGCCCCUCCCCCUCUUUUACCCUUUCUGCCCUGUUGCCCUCUCCCUUCCCCCUCCCUUUAGUCAGACACCCAGUUACCUCACUAGCAGUGAGCCACAAAGCACACAUAUCUCUGUCCAUCCAAUUUUUAAAACAAAUUUAAUUCCUGUGGCCCAUUGCUUUUAACGCUGGGUAGUCUAACUGUGAGAUGAAGCACUUGCAAGAUUUGCAUCUCUUUUUGUAUGUGUGUAAUAAGCCAGCAAAGAUGCCCUGUCAUAAUUUAAUUUAUAAAACAAACACUUCAUAGUGGCUGUGACACGUUUACUCGGAUUAAGAAUCUGGUGCCAAUGUUUUUAGAGACAUUACACCGGUGUGCGCAGGUCUUCUUUGUGUCGCCUGACAAACACCACAAGGAUGGAAAAAGAAGAUGAAUUAUAGUCAAAAUGGUGCUCUCCAGCCAGCAGGAAGCAGAAAGCACAAGCUAGUUGUAGUAGGCAGGAGGAGGAUGAAACUAUAGCACCAUCUGUGACGAGGGUAAGACGCAGAUAAAAAGAUGCACACACAGACACACAGGACACACACACUCCCACUGCCAGUCUGUCUGUAAUCUCUGACCGACUGCCAGCCUCUGCAUCACAGCAGCUUAAUGAAACGCUGCAGCCGCCUCCAUCACAACCGAUUGACUCAGAAAAUCCCCCUCUGGCAUGUACACGCACACAAAAUCGCACACACAGUCUCAUGCAGACAUGAUGCCUAUAGGCACUGACCUGCUUAUUGAUUUGAAUUCAGUGUAAAGCAACAAAGGACAUGAGGACAGACUGCUGCUAGUGUUAGCUACUGAGCAUAAUGACAAUACAGCUUAAUCUUUAAAUCUUUCAUGUGUUUGUCAUCCCAUGUUGUGGUUUUAUUAUUAUUAUGGAUUACGUCUCUUUCUUUUUGUUUGACAGCUUAUGCUAAAUAAGUCUUAAGUCUUCCUAAAUUAUGUUUUGUAACCAAAAGGUUAUCCACAUUGUUGAUGCCCUGAUAAUACAGCAAUAGAGAGGAAUGAGCCUCCUUUUCAGAAUGAAAUGUAACGUGUAGAGAAAAUCCCUUCAUGUGUUGUUUUGAAACCUCAGUGUGUCAAGUGCUAAAGCUUAAAACGCACAAUCGUCUUUUAGGCGAUGCCAUAGUGGCUAAUGCACAAAGCCAAGGAAGAAAUGACCCUGCCAAGGAAGCCAAGGAAGAAAAGAAUCUGCCAACAGAUAAGAUUAUAGUGUCAGCCUGGUGUCAGGCCCUGUGUAGGAAAAUAAUUAACAAAAGACCAUGUGAGACCAUGUCAACUCCUGUAUGCAUUUCUGAAACAAUAAAGAAGUCUGACAAAAGCGAUUUAUUUCCAGAAAGAUUGUAAUUAACAUAAAAAAGCAAAACGCCUUAUGCCAAUCACAGUUAGGGGCCGUCCUAUGAGUAUGUCUUGUCAUUCUAUUUUGGAAGUGGACGUUUUACUAGUUGAAUAAAUAUAUUUUAUGACUAA